ACUCCAACCGCCGUUGAGCGACUGCAGUCGCUGCUUCACGGGUCUCAAGGGCCGCGCCUGAUCAGAAUCGGGGUCCGUAACAAGGGCUGCGCUGGCAUGAGCUAUCACCUGGAAUACGUCAAGCCUGAAGAAGCAGGUCGAUUUGAUGAGCGGGUGAAGCAAGACGGCGUUGAGGUCCUCGUCGAUUCAAAAGCCUUGUUCAGCAUCAUCGGUUCCGAGAUGGAUUGGCAAGAGGAUAGACUAUCCGCCAAAUUUGUCUUCAAUAAUCCCAAUGUAACGGACGCCUGUGGCUGUGGGGAAAGCUGGACCACUGUUUGA